AUGUCGGAGGUUCAACAAAUAAGACAAAAUGAUAUCAUAAGUCGUAAUGAAUCAAAUGCAGCAAUUUCAAGAUCAAUUAGUAGAAGAUUGACCAAUGCUGAUGAAUUGAUUGCCGAAGCAAAUAAAACCGAUGAACCAUUACCCAAGAUGGGUGGGGAUCGUGAUUACCCACCUCCAUUACCCGAUAGAACUCCUUAUAUGGUUUCAUUUGAUGGUCCCCAUGACCCUUUGCAUCCUCAUAACUGGCCAUUGGGUAAAAAAGUUCUCACUACUUCAAUUGUUGGUUUCACUGCUUUAGUUGCUUCAAUGGGUUCGGCAAUGUUUGCAGAAGCUUCUCCAGUGGUUAUGCAAUUAUAUCAUGUUGGUUUCGUUGUUGCCACUUUGGGUACUUCCCUUUUCGUUUUUGGUUUUGCAUUUGGUCCUAUUGCUUGGGGUCCAUUAUCAGAAAUUUAUGGUCGUAAAAAUAUCUUAAUUUUAUCCGGUUUCUUAUACGUUUGUUUUACUUUUGCAGUGGCCACCGCUAAAGAUAUUCAAACCAUUAUGAUUUGUAGAUUUUUCGCCGGUUGUGCUGGUGGUGGUGCCGUGGUUAUUACUCCAGCAGUUUUGGCUGAUAUUUAUGGUCCAGCUUCAAGAGGUAAAGCUAUGAAUAUUUUCGCAGCAGUGCUUUUCGGGGCUCCAAUGUUAUCCCCAAUUGCCGGGGGGUUCAUUGUUAAAAAUUCUUCCCUAGGUUGGAGAUGGACUUCUUAUAUGGUGGGUAUCAUUGCCUCGGCUUCUUUGGCUGCAACCGUUUUCCUCUUGGACGAAUCUCAUCAUGGUAUUAUCAUGGUUAAUAAAGCCGAAGUUUUAAGAAGAAGAACCGGUAAUUGGGGUAUUGCUGCUCCUCAUGAAGAAUUUUCCUUAAGUUUCAAAGAAAUUUUUGAAAAGAAUAUCUUGAGACCAAUUAAAAUGUUCAAAGAACCAAUCUUAUUCUUGAUUUCUUUAUACAAUGCCUUCAUUUAUGGUAUCUUAUAUCUUUGUUUAACUGCAGUUCCUCUUAUCUUCCAAGGGAAGUAUUUCUUUGCUGCUGGUGUUGCUGAAUUACCUUAUAUUUCAAUGUUUAUUGGUAUCUUGGCCGGUGCUGCUGUUUCUUUAUUAUUAGAAAAAAGAAUUAAACUGGUGAUGGCUAAAAAUAAUGGUAAAAUUGUUCCUGAAGAAAGAUUGGUUCCAAUGAUGGUUGGUGCUCCUUUCUUCGCUGCCGGUUUAUUUUGGGCUGGUUGGGCUGGUGAUUUUGGUCCAAGAGUUCACUGGAUUGUUCCUACCAUUGGUUUAUCUUUUAUUGGGUUUGGUUUAAUGACCAUCUUUUUACCUUGUAUGACCUAUUUGAUCGAUUGUUACUUAUUCUACGCUGCUUCGGCAAUGUCUGCUAAUGCCCUUUUAAGAUCUUCUUUUGGUGCUGCUUUCCCCCUUUUCGCUAAAGCAAUGAUGGAAAAUAUGAAAAUCCGUUGGGCUAUGACCUUGUUAGGUUGUGUUGGUGUAGUUGCCAUCCCAGUUCCCUUCUUAUUCUAUUUAUUUGGUAAACAAAUUAGAAAAAACUCUAAAUAUUCUAUGGAAUUUUAA